UGGGCUGUGACAAAAAAAAAAAAAAAGUAGUAGUCCAGAUUAUAAUUUGAGGACAGAAAAAUGGCUUCAACAUCUAUCUCAGUGGGUGCCAAAGGUAAACACUUUGGCAAACGUUAAGUUCCGAGGACCAAAGCUGCUCUGAGGCACUGGAGGAGCCAGGCCUUUAGGAAUCUUCCAGAGACGCCUUAAAUGGAGCUGGCGGGAAGCUCGCCGCGCCAGGGCGGGCGGAGGAGUGCGGAACGUGCAGCUUCCAGGAUUUCCUCCUCCCCGGGAACCGGGCCGACCUGUUCCCGCCGCUGCCUUCCCGCCUCCACCGCUCCCUCUGCAGGCCCAGGGCCCCCACGCCGCGCGCCUUCUUCCCCGGCGCCCGGCCCGGCCCGGCUUCUCUCGGCCGGCGGCUGGGGCCGGGGUCCCGGUCCGGGAGGCGGGAGGUGGGAGACCGCGCUCGCUCGGGGUUUCCAGGUGAAGGGGGAGAAAACAGCCGGUCAGUCGAGGCAGAGCCGGGCGGGCGGGGCGAGGGCGGAGGGCACAUUGCUUCAUCCUGUACAUUUUACUGGAAACGGGGCGCAUCCGGAGGAGGGGCUGGGAGGCGGCCCCGACGCCGCCAAUGGCCCGGCCCGGCUCGGGGGAGGCAGGCGAGGCUGCGAUCCUCCCCCUCCAGCUCCUGGAGGCCGGUUAAAUACCGGGCAGUCCCGGGCCGCGCCCGUGCCCGCGCCAUCCCCCUGCCGGCAGGUCCCCGAGCCCGUCAGAGCCACAGCCGGGAGGCAGUCGUGCGCAGCGAGCGGGUGGCGCAGGAGUCUGGGGUCCCCGAGCGCCCAGCCCGGGAGCAUGAUCGUGGACAAGCUGCUGGACGACAGCCGCGGCGGAGAGGGGUUGCUGGACGCGGCCGGCGACGGUGGCCUCAUGACCAGCCCGCUGAACCUGGCUUACUUCUACGGCGCAUCGCCCCCGGCCGCGGCCCCGGGCGCCUGCGACGCCAUCUGCUCGUCGUCGGGGCCCUCCGCGCCCGGCUCGCCCGGCUCGGACUCCUCCGACUUCUCCUCCGCCUCGUCCGUGUCCUCCUGCGGGGCCGUGGAGUCCCGGCCGAGAGGUGGCGCGCGCGCCGAGCGGCUGCAAGUUGAGCCCCAUAUGGGGGUUGGAAGGCAGCAGAGAGGACCCUUUCAAGGUGUUCGUGUGAAGAACUCAGUGAAGGAACUCCUGUUGCAUAUCCGAAGUCAUAAACAGAAGGCUUCUGGCCAAGCUGUGGAUGAUUUUAAGACCCAAAGUGUGAACAGAGAGCAGUUCACAGAAUUGAAGAACACAGUGUCAUAUAGUGGAAAAAGGAAAGGACCUGAUUCGUUGUCUGAUGGACCAGUUUGCAAAAGGCCAGCUUUAUUACAUACCCAGUUUUUGACACCACCUCAAACACCAACACCCGCAGAGAGCAUGGAAGAUGCUCAUCACAGUGAAUCCAAACAGGACAGCAGUGCUGAUCUGCUUCAGAACAUAAUCAACAUUAAGAAUGAAUGCAGCCCGGUUUCCCUGAAUACUGUCCAAGUUAGUUGGAUGAGCCCUGUGGUGGUCCCUCAGGGCUCUCCCCAAGAACAGUGUCAGGACUUCCACAGAGGGCAGGUCUUCUCGCCACCUCAGAAACACCAACCAUUCCAAGUCAGCAGCUCCCCACACAUGGUGGAUCAGACGUCCCUGUACCAGUAUUCUCCACAGAGCCAGAACUUGCAGCCACAGCACUACACCCACAACCCAACUCUGGAAUACAGUCCUUAUUCCAGAACGUCCCAGUCCCCCAAUUAUGAACCAAACCUCUUUGAUGGUCAAGAACCACAGUUCUGCCCAGAUCAAAGUUUUGCAUCCCUUCUGAGUAGUCAGGAAUCUGAGAAUAUUGCUGUUCCCAUUCAGAAUACCCCCAGUGUUCAGCAACAGAAUGACGCACACCUGCAGAACUUCAACAUGAUGCCACAUGGCGCCUGUGAGGCCAUGAUGGGGCAUGACGCAGGCUCUACCCCUUUAGGCACUUCACUGCCAUUCCCAAACAUCAUCGGAAAUCCAAUGAACACCACACAGUUAGGGAAGUCAUUUUUCCAGUGGCAAGUAGAACAGGAAGAAAGCAAAUUGGCAAAUAUCUCUCAAGAUCAGUUUCUUUCAAAGGAUGCAGAUGGUGACACGUUCCUCCAUAUUGCCGUCGCCCAAGGGAGAAGGGCACUUUCCUAUGUCCUCGCAAGAAAGAUGAAUGCGCUUCAUAUGUUGGAUAUUAAAGAGCACAAUGGACAGAGCGCCUUUCAGGUGGCAGUGGCUGCCAAUCAGCAUCUCAUUGUGCAGGACCUGGUGAACCUUGGGGCCCAGGUGAACACAACCGACUGCUGGGGAAGAACCCCUCUGCAUGUCUGUGCUGAGAAAGGUCACUCUCAGGUGCUUCAGGCAAUUCAGAAGGGAGCAGUGAAGAGCAAUCAGUUUUUGGAUCUUGAGGCAACUAACUAUGAUGGCCUGACUCCUUUACACUGUGCGGUCGUGGCCCACAAUGCGGUGGUGCAUGAACUGCAGAGAAAUCAACAGCCCCGUUCACCUGAAGUUCAGGAGCUUUUGCUGAAGAAUAAGAGUCUGGUUGACACCAUUAAAUGUCUGAUUCAAAUGGGAGCAGCAGUGGAAGCAAAGGAUCGUAAAAGUGGUCGCACAGCCUUGCAUUUGGCAGCUGAAGAAGCAAACUUGGAACUCAUUCGCCUUUUUCUGGAGCUGCCCAGUUGCCUGUCUUUUGUGAAUGCGAAGGCUUACAAUGGAAACACUGCCCUCCAUGUUGCUGCCAGCCUUCAGUAUCGGGUGACACAGUUGGAUGCAGUCCGCCUGUUGAUGAGGAAGGGAGCAGACCCAAGUACUCGGAACUUGGAGAAUGAACAGCCAGUGCAUUUGGUUCCUGAUGGCCCUGUGGGGGAACAGAUCCGACGUAUCCUGAAGGGAAAGUCCAUUCAACAGAGAGCUCCACCGUAUUAGCUCCGUUGACGUGGAGCCUCGUCGGCAACACUCACUGUCAGUUAGGCAGUCCUAAUGUAUCUGUACAUAGACCAUUUGCCCUGUAUUGGCAAAUGUAAGUUGUUUCUAGGAAACAAACAUAUUUAGUUCACUAUUAUAUAGUGGGUUAUAUUAAAGGAAAAGAAGAAAAAUAUCUAAUUCCUUUCGGCAGAUUUUAAUAUUUCACACCCAGGUAUCUGGGAUCUACACAUCUGAAUUUAAUCUUGAGUGGUAAAAUUGACUUUAAUUAACAGUCGUUUUCGGGUAGGACAAGGCUUUGAUUUGUGGCAUCAGGCCUUGCUCGUGUAGCUAUUGCCAGUUUAAGAGUAGGUCAAUUGUAAAUGUUUUUUUAAGGAAAAUGAAAGCAUUUGAAAGGGAAAAAAUAAAUCUGUUUGUCGUGUUGAGGCUUCAUUUGGCCUAACGCAGUACCUGAUGGCCAUUAUUGGUGUUGGAAAGUGUCUAGGUGCUGGACUAGAUGAAAUGUACCACGGUUAAAAUUUGAUCUUUGCAAAUUGUAUAUAGUUGUUGUUUGUGUCUUUUGAAGUAUUUGUACAUAUUUGGCCAUUGACAUGGCCACAUUUGAAAUGUGUAAAUCAACAAAGUAGAAAAGAACAAGUGAAUUGUCACUAUUUAAAAAAAUUAUACAUGUUCCAAAGAGCUGUGUCAUCAUCAUCUGUCUGCCAUCUCUGUAGAUGAAGCAGAUGGAGAGUCGUUCCCCUCCUGGCUGACAGAGCUCUGUUUGAAUUGUAAAUAUGCUUUUACUCAUGCAUUGAGAUGAAACACAUUAUUUGUAAUGAAUUGCAUGCUCUUGAGGAGGACACCUCUUUAUGGCUCACUUUCCAGGUUUUGUAAUUUAUUUGUUGGAAUUUUGUUACCUUUAUUGGAACAUCAAAAAGUCAACACUGAACCACGUCUUGCUGGUUUUCUAUUGUCAAAUAAUGUUAAUACACUAUGAUGUUUUACAUUACCAUUCAGAAAAAAAUGCCUUAUAUUUGAGUAACCUUGAUUCUAUUAAUAUUAUUUUGCUUUUUACUCUUGCAUACACCAAGGAAUGUAUUUGGCUUUGCACACACUAAUUCACUGUAAUAAAUUUGAUUCAUUAAAAACCUUUUUUUUUUUUUUUUUUUUUAAUGAGAAGUCCCACAAGCAACUGACUGACUAAUCAUCUUCAUAGCUAAAUCCUUUUAAAAAAGAUAACCUUUGGAUCGAUCACAUUGUUUGACCCAGUAUGUCUUGUGGACAAAAGUUAGUUAUAGUUAUUUACUAUCUGUAAAUACAGCUGUAUUAUGAACUCAUGGAAAAACUCAUGCAUGGAUUUAAAUAAACAUUAAUUCAGUAAUACCGUU